GCAGCCCACCCGAAACUGGAACUGGAAUCCAGCGGCGUAUGGUUUCCGCCCGGAGGCUUAGGCAGAAGUCUCAGUCUCCUCACUUCCGGUUUCGGUUUUCACACUGGGCCGGCCGCAGUCGCUAUGGAGGAACCAGAGAUGCAGCUGAAGGGGAAGAAAGUCACAGACAAGUUCACCGAGAGUGUCUAUGUCCUGGCCAAUGAGCCUUCAGUGGCCCUGUACCGGCUGCAGGAACAUGUGCGCCGCUCAUUGCCAGAGCUGGCCCAACAUAAGGCCGACAUGCAGCGGUGGGAGGAGCAGAGCCAGGGUGCCAUCUACACUGUGGAGUAUGCCUGCAGUGCUGUGAAGAACCUGGUGGAUAGUAGUGUGUACUUCCGCAGUGUGGAAGGCCUGCUCAAACAGGCCAUCAGCAUCCGGGACCACAUGAACGCCAGUGCCCAGGGUCACAGCCAGGAGAAGCUGUCCUCCCCCUCCUCAACCUGACCCUGACCCUGGAAGACUCUCAGGGCCUCCCCACCCAGGCCAAGCCCUGCUGCUUGUCUCCACCACCACCCAGCUGCUGUGUGACCUUGAGCCCCAGCUUCCCCUCUGUGCCGUCUUUUCCUAAUAUACAUGUUGCUCA